AUGAUGAGUGGAGUUGCUAUAUCACGUGCAAGAAGAAAUUUCGAAGACGGUUGGGAGCGCGAUGGCGCCUCGCUAGCGGUGUUUAUCAAUGGCACGAAAGUGGUGGACCUCUGGGGUGGUUAUGCAGACCAUCAAGCAGCGCGGAAAUGGAAACAGGACACGAUGAGCAUCACAUUUUCGACGACCAAGGCGGUAGCCGCCGUCUGCGUUGCUAUGCUGGUCGAACGUGGGCGACUUCGUUACGAUGAACUCGUCUCUACUUACUGGCCUGGAUUUGCGAAACACGGAAAAGGCAAUAUUACCGUACAAAUGGCACUUUCGCACGAGGCAGGCCUUGGUUACUUGGACACACAGAUCACUGAAGAGAUUGCAGCUGAUCAUAACAAAAUCAGAGAGAUCUUGGAAAAUGAAGCGCCGAAAUGGGAGCCAGGGCGGAGGAAUGGCUAUCAUCCGUACACAUUUGGAUGGAUUGUUGAUCAAAUUAUUCGACACGCAGAUGAGAAACAUCGCGGGAUCGGACAGUUUCUUCGGGAGGAAAUCGCAGAACCGUAUGGUAUGUCAUCCUUCGCCUCGAUAAAGAGCUGUUUUACAUGUUUCUGGUUAUCCUAA